AUGUCUCUCCGCAAGAGGGCGUGCGCCUCUCAACAGGACGAGGAUGCUCUGAACCCAGCCGACCCCACAAAUAGCACCAUAGCAGGGAAUCACGACAACAUCUGGGCCCUAGUCGAUGACUUCAGCCUCUCACCCACAGAACCAAGCCCCGAACCCCCGUGGCCCAUCUCCUUCGACCGCCGCAUCCUCGAGUUCUACCCGCGGGUCGAGGACCACGCGACCUGGCAGUUCUGCGUAACGACUCUGCUCACGCAGAUCGACGCGUUCCUCCACCACGGGACAGCCUUCUUCAUGCACCCAUCAGCGGAUAGCAGAGGCGAUCUCCCGCCGCCCCUACGAGCCGCGUACGGCGUGUGCGCCGCGCACAAACUCCGCAAGGAGUCUGCCCUUCCGUUUGCGCAGCAGCUCCUCGAGACCGAGGUCGACGGUCUGAUCGCGCGGCGGCCGCCCGCCGUGCUGCAGGACGGGCUGGCUGAGCUCUGCGCGAUCCUCUUGUAUUAUAUCAUCGCCGUCUUUGGGGGGACGGCUGUAACGACCGGUCUGGCGGAGCAGAUAGAGACUCUCCUCGCACUGCGGACUGUCCAUGUUGAGAGCCUGGAACUGGCGACCCGCCAGUCCACGGCGACCCUCGUUGAGGUUGGGCUCGUGUCUGCGGACGAGGCGCGGGGCUUGUGGCAUGCGUGCGACAGUGCGCGCAAGGUCGUGGUGGUCUCGUACCUUGCGCGCGAGAUCCGCCAUGUGCUCCGGUGGAAGACGUGUUAUCUUCUUCGGCAGAUUGUGGCGUUGCCCGUCUCGAAGCCGUACGUUGACCCGCCGGACCCUGGAGAUAGUACGGGGCCGCUUAUAUCCACGCGCUGGCGCGAUGUUGUAACGUAUGACCAGUUCGUGCGGGACUGGGAAGCUGGGGAGCUGCGCUUGGUUGAUGAAUUUGCGUAUCUUCUUAUAUCGGCGUGUAAGGGCGUUGGCGCUAUGUGA